AUGGUCAUUAUCACACUAGAGAUUGUGUGCGGCACCCCACUUCAUGGCCCAGUUUCUCCAGGCCAGCUCCAGCAAGCUGUCAACAAGACAGACAGCUGGUUUCGGCUCUACUCCAUUUCAGGUCCAUUUGUCUGUGUGCAAAGCUACAAGGAAUAG